UUCAUUAACAGCUGAAAACCAACUAAAACACUGAAUGCCACAUGAAUGCAAGGUAUGAAACAAUCACACCGAAAUGAAUGCACUGACCUGGUAGUGAAAACUUUCCAAACCAAAGAAAUAAUUCAUUUUAACAGCAACGGAAACAAAAAAUGGGGUGAAAUGCAACAUUUGUGAACAAUACGCAACAAGAUAAGUCGUGUAUAACGGGAGGAUAAACGGAACAACAAACGCGUACACGAACAUCUACGGAACUGCAAUCCAACAUGGCCGACUGAUAUGGACGAAAAUGACCUUUAAGCUUCUCACUACACCAAUGACCUUGAUAAGUUACGGAUAAUUUCAGUCAUCUGCAGAAGUGUAUUGAUCAUUGGAUUGAUCAACGCGUUUCAAAAUCUUCGUAACGCGGUUUCUCUAAUUGUCCAAUUUCCAAUGAAAUCUCCAUGGACCUAAAGCAAUCCCCCUACACUUAUUGUUUAUGAAUCAUGGUUCGCUGUUGUCAUCCCCUGAAUUUCCGAUACUAUCACGAUUAGGUCUUACAAAUGCAAUCCUAUUUUUGUUGAUAAUCAAUUAUUCAGUGUAUUCUGAAGCAGAUGAUCUUGAUGAUGAUAGAAGUAGGCUUACUCGACGUAAAUGGUGCCCGUGGUCUGCUUGGAGUCCAUGUUCCCCAACUAAAUGCAUCAGCGGUCAUGUAAGACGAACUCCAUCACUUUGGCGUAGUAUUGAAGAAAUCCCCAUUGCAGAGGAUAUACAAACUAACCAGUGUGUAUUACCACCAACCAAUAUUUCCAGAAAACCUAAUCGAGCUUAUGUACAACAAACAGUACGUGGACAGAGCAAACUUAUUGUUGCUGAGAAACAACGCUUUCGUACUUGUGACUGUCAAUCUGUCUCCAUUUUGAAUGUGUUUCGGUUGGUUAGCAGACAUGAAUGUUAUCCAGGUGAAACAGAAUUUGAGUGUAAUGAAUGUUUAUCUUCUGAGAAGGUAUACUUUAGUCGAGAUACCAAUUCUAUCAUAGAUACAAUACCAUUCUGUUCAUUUGAUCAUUCUGGUUUCCAGUUGUAUAAAAUUCUUGGUGGAAUUGUUGGCGCUAUAGCACUUAUCAGUUUAGUAGUAUGCUUUGUACGCUUUUUAUUUCGACAAAUUUGUGGUCCACGACAAAUUGAUGGAAAUGCUACUGGUAGUGGAUUAAAUCGAAAUGGUCGGAGACGAAAUAGAACAUCUCAUUUGCAGAGUAAUGCUGUUAGUGAUGAUGCUUCAGAAUACUUACAAAAUCAUCGUAAUACAAGUGGAUAUCCUAUUAACUUGGGAAACAUGGAUCUUCCACCAGCGUAUACAGAUAUUGUUAAACUUUCUGGAAUUACACCCCUACCACCGAAUACUACUACUACCACUCCUAAUACAGUAGUUACAGAUCGUUUUAAUGCUGCUGCCUAUGAUUGGUUACCACCAUCACUGUCAACACAGAAUGAUAAUCAAAUCACACCCCCGAAUGGUUUACCCAAAUCAUCACCAAUGCGUACUCAUCGAUUCAGUUGUUCCAUUGUUGAUGAUAAUGAACAAAAUAAUGCAACAUCUAGUCAAAUAUUAAGUCCAAAACUGUCGGAUACACCUCCACCGCCUAGUUAUGAAGAAAUUAUCGCUGCGACAACAAACAGUGUUAACAACAACAUCACACAAUCUACGGCUAAUGUUGAUCGUUCAGUGUCGUUGGCGGCGAAUGUGAUUAGUCCUAGUCAAAUUCUAAAUCAAUCGGAUAAUGCUUCUGCUACUGCUGCUACAACAACAACAACUACUACUACUAACAAUAAUAUGAGUAGUAGUAGUGGUGGUAAUGUGAUGAACACUGAUAGAACUGAAACUAGUAGUAGUGCUGCAUAAUCCUUUAUUUAGAUUAUCUCAUGAUUGUAUUGUAUUGUAUUCUAUGCCUUUCUCUCUCUCUCUCUCUUGUCUCUUGUUACGAUGAUUUUUAUGAUUAAUCGUUGCUGCCGCUGCUCCUGUAAUGUGAUCAUUAGUAGUGCUAUCUUUAUUUUCUGAUUAACGGAUUGAUUUGCAUCUGUGUGUGUGUGUGUGUGUGGCUUCUUCUUUUCUUGUUACAAAACUAUGUGAAACAUUUUAGUAUUAUUUAUUGAUUUAUUUAUUUCUAUGAACGUCAUACUCGUUCUUCUAGGUUACAAGUACUUCGAUGAAAAAGAAAUGUCAAGAAAAACAGCUAUGCUUGAUAUGCUGAUAGUCACAGAACGAAGUAUGUCGUGAAUUUCUUCUUUACUCUUCUUCCUCUCUACUUUCUAUUUUCUUGCAUCACUACAAAGCCUCUUGAUCGAAUAACAAUGUCAUUUGUGUGUGUGUGUUAUGCGGAAAUGGGAUUUCAGAUAUGUUGAUGCUGUUUGAUAAUCAUGAUUUCGCCUACAAUGAAUCAUUCUCUCUCUCUCUCCCUCUCUCUCUUCAAAAUGUGUAGAUUCUGUUUGAUGAUGAUGGGGAUGAAUCAAAGUGCAUUGCAUCUCAGCAACAAUCGUAUACGCGUAUACGCUUAUAACAGUGUUAUACACUAUAAGACAUUGAAAAGAAAACUGAUUGAAACACAGUGUAUUAUUAUUGUAUUUUAAUUGUGUCUCUUUUUAUUGUUAUUAUUACUAUUAUUAUUAUGAUUAUGAUUAUUAUUAUUAUCUUGUAUACCAUUUUCUACCAUCUUUUUAGCGAUUCUCAUUUAUACUACUUAUUUACUACUUAAGUAUUUCUCUGGUAUUUCUUUUUUGUAUUACGAAAGAAUUGAUCAUGAUGAUGAUCUUUUAGGGGGUGGCAGAGGUGUGUGUAUGUGUGGGUAUUCAUCACAUCAGUAUGUCUCUCUCUCUGUGUGUGUGUAUGUUUUUAGGUGAAAAAUAAAGUUAGUGAACGGUAGAUAGUUUUUAUACCCAAACACAGUUGUCUUCUGUACUAAGUAUUCAUCCAUCAAUGUCAUAUUUUUGUUAAUUGAUUGUCUGCGUAAAAUGACACUGAAUAUUGAUUUUCUGGUAGAAAUGAUGUGAGUAGUCUACUGGGUCAUUGGAAGAAGCUGAAUUGAAGCUCACAUCUCACGCACCAAUUGGCGGGGAUGGUAACUAGCAGUGGAAUCCAGGAUACACAUUUCGUCCCAUUUGGGACUCGUCAUCUGGAUAUGCCUGCACUCCACAGUGAGUGAUGGUAUUCUCCACCGAGGCUCAAACCCAGUACUCGUGGUUUCAAGCGCCAAAGCGUUAUCUGCAUAAGGAACUGAUAUGUCAAUCUGAGAUCGAACACUUCGGCUCAAUCAGUUGACGGGAAAGUGUCAAUUGAAUCAAAUAUAUGCACCAAUAUUUAAAGAGGACAUGAGGUCAUUCUGUUGGAAGGAUUCCCUCUGCAGAAAUCCUUGCCAUGUGUUAUUCUUCAUGAAUAAUCCUCAUCUAGACAGACGUUAAUCAAAAGAAAACACGUGGUUCAGCUAAGAGGCUCUUUUCAGCGAAUUCAUUCCCCUCUUUAGCUGUACAAUCGCAUUU